UCAUUCACAGAUAGCGCUGUUUACGCCAUUUUGGUGAAGGUGUUGCUGUUCAGUGUAGUGCUUACUGGUGAUCGGCUUGUAUCCAAGCCAUCUCUUUAUGUGGGUCUAUAAGGGGAUUAUUUAUUAGUGACAAAUAAUGAGUACCAACGCCAACAACACCAGCAAGGUGGCGACGACGACAGAUCGGGUCAUCAAAAGUGACUCGGAAAACAAAGAUGAUGGGGCAAACGGGCGACCUAUUAAAAGUGUACCGUUCCCUCCGUCCCACAAGUUAACGUGUACGGAGGUCUUCGACCCGAAGACAGGCAAACCCAAAUUCGAGUGGCUAAAGAACCACUUCAUUUUGGAAGGUCGCAUAGAGGAGGCCGCCGCCCUCAGGAUCAUCAAUGAGGGCGCCGCCCUCCUCCGGCAGGAGAAGACCAUGAUCGAUAUCGAAGCUCCAGUCACAGUGUGUUCUUUAUCUAUGGGCGCUAAAGAUUUGCUACCCUAACACUUUAUUUCUAUUAAGAGGGAAUCACGAGUGUAGACAUCUAACCGAAUACUUCACGUUUAAGCAGGAAUGUAAGAUCAAAUACAGUGAGCGAGUGUACGACGCGUGCAUGGAAGCAUUCGACUGCCUGCCCCUGGCCGCCCUCAUGAACCACCAGUUCUUGUGCGUCCACGGCGGCCUCUCGCCAGAAAUUCACACACUCGACGAUAUUAGAAAGCUUGAUAGGUUUAAGGAGCCUCCAGCAUUUGGUCCCAUGUGCGAUUUGUUAUGGUCGGACCCCCUUGAAGACUUCGGUAAUGAAAAAAAUGCAGAACACUUCUCUCACAACUCUGUCAGAGGAUGUUCUUAUUUCUACAGCUAUGCAGCGUGCUGUGACUUUCUACAACACAACAAUCUCCUAUCUAUUAUAAGAGCUCAUGAAGCCCAGGAUGCAGGGUAUCGUAUGUAUCGUAAAAGCCAAACGACGGGUUUUCCAUCUCUUAUCACAAUUUUUUCUGCUCCUAACUACCUAGAUGUGUACAACAAUAAGGCUGCUGUUUUAAAGUAUGAGAAUAAUGUGAUGAACAUUCGACAGUUCAACUGUUCCCCUCACCCUUACUGGUUACCUAAUUUUAUGGAUGUCUUCACCUGGUCAUUACCGUUUGUUGGAGAGAAAGUAACUGAGAUGUUAGUGAAUGUUCUGAACAUUUGCUCCGAUGAUGAGCUGAUGGAUGGAGAGGAAUCCCUUGAUGAAGCAACAGCAGUGCUAAUUGUGCCGGAGAAGGGGGCAGCAAUGCGGAAGGAAGUUAUCCGCAACAAGAUUCGUGCCAUUGGAAAGAUGGCUCGUGUAUUCUCUGUAUUAAGAGAGGAGAGCGAGAGCGUCCUUCAGCUGAAGGGCCUUACCCCAACUGGUGCUCUUCCUCUUGGAGCAUUGUCUGGAGGCAAAGCAUCACUCAAGAAUGCAAUGGCAGGCUUCUCUCCCAAUCACAAAAUUACAUCAUUUGCGGAGGCUAAGGGCUUAGAUGCAAUGAAUGAACGCAUGCCACCUAGGAAAGAUGCACCACCCAUUCCUGCUCCAAUCUCUCCUGUAAGCUCCCCAUCCUCUGAAGAUGCCGGCAAGUCCAACUCAUCCAACACAGCUACCAACACUCACUUGUGAAACCCACAGCCUCAGCUGCGUUUCUUAUUGCAGGUUGGCGUGGUGUGUGAGUGAAUAUUGGGAACUGUCAAACUAGAUGGUGAUCUCAAGUGUGCAGAUGGUGAGUACAGGGUGAGGCUGCCUGGCCAGUUCAUGGUUGUGAUGCAAAUGUGUUGCCUCUGCCCCUGGUGGGCCCCACUGGUCAGCCAACCCCACACUAGACAUCCCACUCAUCUGAUAUACUACUACAACUGUGGCUCAUCCAGCCGCAGUCGGCCAGGGCCGGGCUAGGCCAGGUCGCCGGCCGAGCGUUACCUGGUCCGUCGGUGCUACCGCCACAGAGGGUGCAUAAAGUGGCAGGUGCGACCUGGCCGACCCCAGGUCACCGUCACCCAGUUGCUGCUGCUAAAGACUUAAUGACCCGGUCAACUGUACCCUUCCAGUGUCUUCUUUAGUACACUGUCAGGCUACCACCCUCUGUGUUGCCUAUGCUGUUGGCUUUGCACCUUAACCCAUUGUGUUGGUGAUGAUGAUAACCCGAAAUAAGUAUCGUCACCGUGGGAAUACCAGGGCACCAGACUUGACCACUUCAGGGUUGCAGUUUUGAUGGUAUGUCAUUGGAGAGAGGUGGUGGUGGUGGAGGUGGUGGUGGUGGUGUUGGUGAUGGUGGUGGUGGUGUUGGUGAGUGAGAGCACAGUAUAGUGGUCAGGUGGUGUGAUACAUGUGAGUGUGUGUGAAGAAGAUGAAGCAGAAGGAAGAAGAAGAACCCUCCAACAAGGCCCCGAUGACCAGGAGUCACUAGCUGCAGUGUCUGUCCAGGUUGUGUCACAUACUAACAAUGAAAACUACUCACAUUCUGUAAGUGAAACUGUUCAUAAAAUCAUGUAUAUAGUUUUCUUUAUUAUUGUGUAUAGCAGCAUGCUUGAUAUUUACAGACUCAUACAGCCUCUCUAAAGCCCCUCUGUAGCAAGACAGUAGCCUGUGUAUUGGUCCAAUGGACUGUUGGCAAGCUUUUCCUGAAUAUAUCUGCCAUUCAAUUGACUUAGGAGGAUGCAAUACAUUAUGGCCUGUGUGCAAUAUACCUUCGUUUCAUCUAGAAUCCUAAAUUUUCUUAGGUUAGAAUGAUAGCUUGUCAUCUACUGAUCAUUGUUCUGUGGCUCUGGAAAAUUAUUAUAUAUCAUUUCUUCCCCUCUCCUCUCACUUUCUCUUUCUCAGUUCGAUACUGUAGUGUUUAAGCCCUGUUUUCACACAGAGGGAGUGGUGUACAUGCUGCAUCAUCAGAGAAGAAACAAGGUUCCAUGUCAUUCAGUCCCUCUGGCAUACCUAUUACAUGGUGGUAUAGAUACUGUUGCUAAUGGACGUUUCCUUCUCCGUGGCAAUUUUCAUACAUGCAACUGUCAUGUGAGAGUGUGUGGAAUUCAUAUUCAAUUCUGCCAUAUUAAGUGUUAUGUAAAAGAACUAAUAAUAUUAAGUCGUGUUAUAAAAAAAAAGUUUAUGCCUUUUUCCAUACCAAAGUGUCCUAGUCAAUUAUGUGGAAAGAAGGCAUCGAGGCCCUGCCGCUAAUGUGUACGGCCUGUCGGAGCCCUCCCUCUCCCCUCCCAUCCUCCCUGAGAAAAUUGCGAGAGUGUACUCUCUCGCAGUAUGCUAGGGGUCCAUCAGCCAUCACUUCUGGGUUUCCCAUAUUUAAAUGUUAACACAAAUACCAUAAAUGAAAAAAAAGAUUUUAUGAUAUUAAGCGCUCGCUCUCAUUUUUCACUUUAUAACUUUACUGGUUGGUGUAAAUUAUAAAACAAGCAAGUAGCCCUUAACUUUUUUCUCUCUUGAGCUCAUAAUGCUCUUGAGAGAUUUUGUGAAUGUGCAUUGAAAGUGGUUAUUAUUAUGUUAUGUUGAUAUUUAUAAUAGAGAAGGAUAAAAGUUAAUUUCUAUAUACUUUUAAUUGUGAGAUAGAUGUUAAUUGCUUCAAUCUGGUAUGAAUAUAUUAUUUUCUUGUGGAAUAGGAUCUAAGUUUUCUCUUGUUAUCUUGUUCAUUAAUAAAUCUAUUAUUAGGUCGUGUCAAAUAAUGUAUAUGAAAUAUAACCUUCCAUAUUAUUUAUAAUUAAAGAAAAUGUUCAGUCAAAAGCAUAAGCUCCUUCAUGCCAAGCUUUUCAAGGUCAGGCCGUUCUGGGCUGCUGCAAGGAAGUUGAGCUGGUGCUGUCGACACCAAAAUAAAUAAAUGAACUUGAUUCAUUGUUGUCGUUGCAAUUAUGGACUCAGUCUCUUGAUAUGAUGAGGAGGCCAAAUUAGUACUAAUAUUAAUAAAAAGACUAUCAAACUAAAUACAUAUAUGUAUAUUGGAGAGGAAGUCAUCCAAUGAAAGCCACAAUAAGCAUCCAGUCCAACCACCCGUGCACCCCUGGACAUUGUGGCCUUGAGUCGACAUUGCUACAGGUCAUUCAAGAUGAGGCAAACCAAGUUUCAUGGCCGAACAUGCAGCAGAUGUUGUUAUAAUCUAUAUAUACAUAUAUAUACACUAUAUCUCACAUCACAGGUAAACAUCGUUGAGGUAUUUAAAAUAUAUAUGGAAUGACUCACAUUAUUAGUACAGUACUUGAAAUCUGCUCCCAGUACCAUGACCUGUAUCAGUGGAUCUCUUCAGUUACAUUCAGUGUCCGUGGCAAAUACCCAGGAGUGAGAGCUCUCAAACUGUAAACAUACAAAUGCUCAGUUGCUGGGUUAUCUUUUAUUCAGUGGUGCAAAAUCACUUCUACCAAAUGGUUGAAACCACUCGGAAUUUCUUAUUGCAAUAGUUAUCUAUUGUUAAGUAUGGUUUAUAUUAUUUGAAAGGUGCUGGUGAGGCACAGUAAUGAGAAUGUCAAAAGGAGCUUUGGUUCGCAGUCUGGCAGUCAACAACUGGGUGGUUUUGUCCCAUUAGCAUUUGAGUGUCAUUGAAGGGAGCCAGUGUGUGUGUUUUGCAGCAGCAGCAGUUACAAACUACAAACUGUUGUGUAACAUUUUAUACUUCUCAGCAUCUCUGCCUUUUGUGGUGUAUUGUAAAAUAUUUAGUUAUAAAGCCAUGUUCAUUUUUGUUUAACUGUUCUACUGAAGAAAAGAUUGACUGGACGUUUGCAUUGUUUCGACAUUGAGAUUCUAAAUAAAUUCUAAGAAUCUUUUAUAA